AUGGCCAUCGUAGCCAUCAAUCGAACGAACGAGUUCCACGAGGCGGUGCGGUCCCUUGGCGGUCGGUACCCGCCACCAUCGCAGGCUUCAUCGUCCAAGGGCAAGGCAGCGCGUGCCACGCCAUCACCCCACGCCGACGAGGCCUGGGCCAAGCAGGCCGAACAAGUCGUGCGUAUGAACACAAUCAAACGGGCUCCCGUUCAAGUGGAUACUGACUACCACCUCCCCACUAGGCCUCGAACCUGAAAUCGUUCGCCUCGUUCCUGCACUCGAUCCGCCGAGCCUACCUCGACCUCGGCUCCACCUCGAGCUCGGCGCACCACGCCCACCACCCGCCACGGGCGAUCGACACCUCCAAAGGGCUUGCGGCAUGGGAAGGUGUCAAGUGGCUCAACGACCGCGAGAGGGACGAGAUAGACUUUGGGGUCAAGGUCGCGCUGAGGAAGAGCGUCGACCGCGUACGGCAGCUCGAACAGCUCGAGAAGGGUCGGUCUGCGCGCGUAUCUUCGAAGGUGUUGCUUCCUUCCCGGAGAUUCACGACUCAUUUUAUAGAAACUCUCGCUCUCACAGUUCGCGCAUCCCAUCAAGCCAAGGCGAACCCCAAUGGCGGCCUCGUUCGAAUGCUCGGAUUGACCGAUACGACCGCCUCCUCGUCCCGUACCGCCACUCUCGAGUCGGUCAAGUCUCAUCGAGCCUACAUUAUCCUCUACCUCAACACAUUGCUCGCACGCGUAUCCGAACAACAACGCUCGCAGCAAGAGGCUCGCGUCGCUCGGCAACUUGCCAAGUCGCAGACGCUCGGCGGCUUAGGUGGGGGAGGCGCGCUCGGCAUGGAUGAGUACGGCGUCAAGCUCGCUCAUCAGGCCCAGGGCGAGUACAACACACGGAUCAAGGGGAAAGGAAAGGAGCUUGGGAACAAUGGACCAGGGCCAGGGCAAAGGGGAGGUCAUACCGCCGGCGUGCCUUCAAUCUAUCGACCAGCACCGAUGCCCCUCUCGGCCUCCCAAUCAGCGGGUGCGAUGUUGGGCAUCGCCGAGGAUUCGACCGAUCCGCUCUCGACGAUGUUGACCGAGGACCAAAUUCAACAAUUCGAACGGGAAGAGUCCGCGCUCCUGCAAGCGACUCAAACCGAUCUAGCCUCAUUGAAGCAUGCCGAAUCAUCCCUGCUCGAAAUUUCGGCCUUGCAAACCCAAUUGGCGACACAUCUCUCGGCGCAGAGCGAGCUGACGGACAAGUUGUACGACGACGCCAUGGUCGUGACGGGCAAGAUCGAUGACGGAAACGUGCAGUUGAAAAAGGCCAAAGAGCGUAAUAGGGAAAGUCGGGUAUGGUUGCUCGUCUUUUUGCUCAUGGCGUCGGGGACUUUGUUGUUCUUGGACUACUACACCUGA